AUGGAAAAUUUAUUAGUGCUUCAAGAAAAUAAUUAUUCUAUCUUACAAAAAACUAUAUCUAAUUUUAAGAAAACACCGAAGCCAAGAUUAAAUAAAAGUUACUUGAAAGUGAGAUUAGAAAGUUUAGAGAAACAUUGGGAUAUCUUUGAUGAGACACAUAGAAAUAUAGUAAAGACAUCUACAUUAGAACAAAGAAAGAAGCAUGAAUAUUUUGAAAAGGAUUUAUUUUCGAAAUGCGAAGAAGAGUAUUUGUUUUGUAAAGCAGAUAUCACAGAGAUGUUAGAAAGUUUUGAGUCAUCAAAUAUAGUCCAGGAGCCAUGUACAAAAUAUGUAAAUCAAGACAAUAACAACAUUAAUAUUGACAAUUGGGAUCCAUUAAUAAUACAUAUAAUUAGUAAUAAAUUAGACUCGGAGUCUCAAAAAACAUGGGAAGAAGAAUUGCAAACAAUACCUGUUGAAGAAUUACCUACGUUAGAAAAAUUUAAGAAAUAUUUAGAAGGAAGAUUUAGAGUAACAGAAAUGAUUCAAACAUCUUAUAUGAAAGAGAGAACUCAAAUUAAACCAAAAUCGUUUGCUACAAUAACUAGUAAUGCUGUAAAAAGAAAUACAGAGUAUAGAAGUAGAAAUAUAGAAUGUGGAAAGUGUAAAGAGAAUCACGACAUAUUUUCAUGCAAAGAGUUUAUUAAGCUAGAUCCAGUUAUGAGAACAGAGUACAUUAAAAAGGAGAGAUUAUGCUUUAAUUGUUUGCGUCCUGGUCAUAGUGUAAAAUUUUGUAGAUAUAGAAUGAGAUGCGAUAUCUGUAAUAGAAAGCACCACACGUUGAUACAUAUAACUAAACCAAAUUUAGAGACUAUUAAUAAUGAGACUGAAGAGAUUAGAACACCAGAUAAUCAAACAAUGAGUCAACACAAUAUUCUUUCACAUGUGUCAAUACGAGGCCGUGUGUCAUUACUUGCUACUGCUUUGGUGAAUUUAGAAACGAGCAGAGGGCCACAGAUUGUACGAGCUUUAAUAGACCCUUGCUCAGAAGAAUCAUUUAUAAGUGAAGCAGUUGUAAAGAGAUUACAAUUGAAAUGUAAAGAUGUAGAAGGUCAGGUAUCAGCAGUUGGACAGAUGUCUACCCCGUUCAAGCACGCGGCGGAGAUUGAGUUGUCCUCUAGAAUGAAUAAAAAUUAUAAAUUAAAGUGUACUGCUUAUGUAAUUAAGCAUGUUACAGAUAUCAUGCCCGCUACAAGAAUAAAUUAUGAGCAUUGGACACAUUUCAGUGGCAUCGAGUUAGCAGAUCCAACUUAA